CUAACGGGAUGAGGCACUGGACAAGCUGAAGCGUUUCACAAACCUCUGAUCUUUACACAGCACAAUAACUAAAAACAAACAAACAAAACACUUCAGACGGAACAUUUCUAUUAAAAACAGCACGUAUAUCGGCUAAUGAUGACUAUAGACGCGCCAGUGAUUUUGUCCGCACUUUUCUUCACAAUUAUUGCCAUCAUAGUUGCGUCGACGCUUUUGUCGAGGAAAUCUGCGCCAAAGAAAGAAACCAAGAGACGCGAGGAGGAGAUAUCAGAAUUUAAUCAAUCCAGAGACAGAGAGGAGACAUCUGUUGCUCAUGUAAGAGCUGAGAUACAUCAACAAACACCUGUGCAGGCAGCGGUAGACAUAGAGGAGAAGAUAGUCACUGAGCUGAAAAAUGAGGAGGCCGUUACAGUCGCCCCUGUUAUUGAGGAGGUUGAUGUUGUGGAGGAAACAUCUGCUGUGGAACCUGAAGUCAUCUCUGUUCAAGUGGCACCUCUUCAGGCAGCUCUAGAGCCAGAGCCUGUUCCUGAGGAUGAUGUAGAACCCACACCUGUGGAGAAGCUCAGGCAUGCACCAGAGACAGUGGCUGCGUUAAUAGAGGAGCCAGUGUCUGAAGCAGUCACUGUGGUGCUAAGGUCCGAGUCUGCCCCUAAGCCAGAAUCUGUGGCCAUCCCUGAACCCGAAUCUGUGGCUGUCCCUGAAACCAAGUCUGUGCCCGUCUCUGAACUGGAAUCUGUGCCCGUCUCUGUACCGGAAUCUGUGCUCGUCGUUGAACCGGAACGUGUAUCCAUCCUUGAAACUGAAUCUGUAUCCAUUCCUGAAACCAAAUCUGUGCCCGUUUCUGAACCAAAAUCUGUGCCCGUUUCUGAACCGGAAUCUGCGCCCAUCUCUGAACCAGAAUCUGCGCCCGUUUCUGAACCAGAAUCUGUGCCCGUUUCUGAACCGGAAUCUGCGCCCGUCUCUGAACCGGAAUCUGCGCCUGUCUCUGAACUGGAAACUGCGCCCAUCCCUGAACUGGAAACUGCGCCCGUCUCUGAACCGGAAAUUGCGCCAAUCUCUGAAACACAAUCUGUUUCUGUCCCUGAAUUGGAAUCUGUGCCAGUCUCUAAACUUGAAUCUGUACCCGUGCCUGAACCUGUGCUUGUCUCUGAAUCCUUGUCUGUCCCUGAAUCCUUGCCCAUCCCGGAACCUGUCCACAUCCCUGAGCCACAACAUGUGCCUAAAGCAAAAUCUGGCUCUGCUCCUGAACCAGAAUCUGUGCUGUCACUAGAAUCAGAAUUUGCACCCAAUCUUGAGCCAAAGUUUGCACCCAUCCCUGAACUGGAAUCUGUGCCCUCCUCUGCAGUGGAAUCUGCACCCAUACUUGAACCGCAAUCUGCUCCAAUCCUUGAAUCAGAAUCUGCACCCACCCCUGAGCCAAAGUCUGCACCCAUCCCUGAAUCUGCACCUAUUCCUGAAUCAGAAUCUGCACCCAUCCCUGAGCCAAAGUCUACACCCAUUCCAGAAUCAGAAUCUGCGCUUGUCCCUGAACCAAAAUCUGAACCCAUCCCUGAACCGGAAUCUGCUCCAAUCCUUGAAUCAGAAUCUGCACCCACCCCUGAUUCAAAGUCUAAACCCAACCCUUAUUUAGAAUCUGCACCCAUCCCUGAGCCAAAGUCUUCACCUAUCCCUGAAUCAGAAUCUGCACCCAUCCCUGAGCCAAAGUCUACACCCAUCCCAGAAUCAGAAUCUGCGCUUGUCCUUGAACCAAAAUCUGAAUCCAUCCCUGAACCAGAAUCUGCUCCAAUCCCUGAGCCAAAGUCUACACAUAUUCCUGAAUCAGAAUCUGCACCCAUCCCUGAGCCAAAGUCUACACCCAUCCCAGAAUCAGAAUCUGAUCUUGUCCCUGAACCAAAAUCUGAAUCCAUCCCUGAACCAGAAUCUGCUCCAAUCCCUGAGCCAAAGUCUGCACCCAUCCCUGAAUCAGAAUCUGCACCCAUCCCUGAGCCAAAGUUUACACCCAUCCCAGAAUCAGAAUCUGAUCUUGUCCCUGAACCAAAAUCUGAAUCCAUCCCUGACCCGGAAUCCGCUCCAAUCCCUGAGCCAAAGUCUGCACACAUCCCUGAAUCAGAAUCGACGCCUGUCUGUGCACCGGAAUCUGUUCACCCCUCUAAUAUCAAAUGUGCAAUCGCCUCUGAGCCCACCCCUGAACCAUCAUCUGCGCCUGCCCCAGAGACCUCUCCAGCAGCUGAAACUGUUCCAGAGAUCUUAGAGCUUAAUGAUAUUGCAGCUGCACCAGGGGUAGAUGAUGUUGAGACCCCUGCAGUCGUGCCCGAUAAAAAUAGGACCACCAAGUUUGAAGGGAGAUUGACCAAAGAAGAGAUGGAGGAAGAGCAAAGGGUACAACAUGAGCAGCUGGCCGCCAUCUUCAGGCUGCUCAGAGAGAAUCAGGAGACAUUUGGAGAGAUGACGGAGGGAGAUGUGGAGCAACAACUUAAACUUUACUCUCUCUAGUUUAACUAAGUCAUCUACAGCUUGCACACGUGUUUCAUGUCGGAACUAAUAUGUUUGCUUCACCCUGGGUUUACUUUACUAUGGGUUCCUUGACACCUCAGCAUUUCAUAAAACUGGCAGCAGUUUAGGGGUGGUUUGCCAGAUAGGGUUUGGCUCUUGGGACAUUUUUACACACAUACCCUACAAAAACAUUACUGGUUUAAGAAACUUUUAGACAAAUUGGCAAUGACACUGAUAGAUUUUAAGAUAAGCUGUUUUAGAUAAGAUAGUUCAAAGAUGCAUUGUAUCUGGGACUAGGAAAACCACCCCUUAGUUUUAAAUCAGGUUAAGGUUAAGAAAGUCAUAUGUGACAGUGGCGGCCGGUGAUUUCUUUUUUUCGAGGGCGCUCGAUGUGAGGUUCAUCACAACAUGUAGGUAGGCCGUGUGUGUGUGGUUAGUCAUUUCAAAAUAUGUGUUCGGUGCGUUGAUUGAACCUGUGUGCAUCACGUGUCUUGUCAAAAUAAGUGCCUGCUGCAGAUGCGUCUAAAGGGUUUAUGAUUAAAGAGACGCUCGCGUUUGGCAGAUACUCACAUAAUCUCAUGCGUAAUCAGAGUUUACUGUUAAGGGAGUCUCUUCUGUGUAUUUUGUGAACGUGAGCGUCUCUUUCAUCAUAAACGGUUUUGACGCGUGUGCAGCAGACACUCAUUUUGACAAAACAAGUGAUGCACAUAGGAUCACUCGACGCAACAAACACAUAUUUUGAAAAUACGAGCAACACACGACACGUCAAAAACACUUAUUUUGAAUAUGAAACACAAUAACUCAGGAUUAAUUCAUUGUUACAAUAAAAUCAGAUGUCCAGACUGUAUCUCACAGACUAUGAUUAAUGUUUAAAACUCUUCAUAUGUGAUACAUUGGUACUCUGCUGUGCACAUGACCAUGUUAGCUUAACUUAUUCUCUUUUUGUAGUGUGUGUAAUAGAGAAUCUUCCUAUGUAUAAUCUAACUUUGUUUUGGUGUUGAUUUAAUCAAACGAUUAAUACGAAGAAUUAUUCUGUUAAAUAUAUCGGUAGAUUUUAAAGAUUUAAUUGCAUGUGUUUUUAACUGUUUAUGCUUAAAGAAAAAGUCUGUAUUAAAAUUGGAUAGUUAUCCUGUCAUGUGUUUUCUUCAGUUAUGGAGAUUGUGGUUUUUGUAUUUAUAAACACAAUAUACUGUCAGAAACCAAGGCACAAAACUGAAAAAUUUGUGUAAAGAGUUCAGUACGUGGGUCACAAUGUUUGAACAGCUUGUAA